CGACCACAUCACUACAACCAUGAAGUAUAUACUUUUAGUUGUGUUCCUGUUCGGCACUGUCGGUUCUAAGUUGUACAGUCAGCUGAGUCUUGGAGCUGCACUCCAGAAACCCGGACAACUUCUGAGUCUCUACACCGUGUACUCUGACGAUGAGGGGAAGGAAAAGUCUGCUGAUAGGUUGAAACUCUUUACAAGAACAGUGAAAGAAAUCGCAAAAGGGAACUCUGAUCACCCUUCAUGGAAACUAGGCCUCAACAAGUUCGCUGAUAUGAGUUCUGAGGAGAAACAUGGUUUCCUAGGACUAAACUCUUCACUUCUCCACCAGGGAAAGGAACUAUCGUUUACUCUGAAAUCUGGUAAGAAGCAGAAAGUGAAGGAAGCAGUGGACUGGAGAGAAGAGGGUAAGACGACAGGGGUUAAAGACCAAGGCAGCUGCGGAUCCUGCUGGGCUUUUGGAGCUGUUGGACCUCUGGAAACAACAUACGCUAUUAUGACUGGAAAAUUAAAGUCUUUUUCAGAGCAGGAAUACACGGACUGUGUUUUCCCUUCGGAAGGAUGCGAUGGUGGAUUUUACGAAACCGCAUGGGAUUACUCAAAGGAUAAUGGACGUCUAAGUCUGACAACAGACGCCCCCUAUACCGGAACAAGCAGCAAGAGGAAAUGUAAAGCAUAUAAAAGGAAACACAACGGUUUGAUUGCUGCCAAGUUUCAUCACAGGAAAUCGUACUACACAAUCCCUGCGGGAGAGAAGAAUCUUAUCACGUAUUUAGCUAAAUCAGCAGUUGGGAUUGCCUUUGAAGUGACAGACAUUUUCUUUAACUACGAGAGUGGAAUUAUUAAAGACACGACAUGCAAGUGCGGUAACAAAGGGUGUGGUCAAUGGGGGAUGGCUAACCACGCUGUAACUGCUGUGGGGUACACGGCCAAGUCCAUGAUUGUAAAGAACAGUUGGGGUACUUCCUGGGGCGAGAAAGGUUAUUUCCGAACUGCCAGAGGUACAGACAAAUGCGAGUACUACAGAUGGGGAGCAGUUCCCAAGUUGGUUAAGACGAAUAAAAAAGACAACGAUCCAGCCUACGUUCCUGAAGAAGAGGAGGAAGAUUGUGAGACUGAGACAGAGGAGGGAUGUCCCUGUGGUACUGUCAUGUGUGAGGGUACAUGUAAACAUGCUCACAUGUGUUAACUAGCAGGAGCUCGGGAAUGCAAAUGUUCAUGUUCGAUCUGUGUUAUUUUUGAAA